AUGACUGUGGGGGAGCUCGUCGACUCAGCCUUCAUCGGCUACGAGCUCACCGACGAGACUUCGCGACUUCAUCAAGAGAUCAUGGCGCAGGCGGCCGACUGCAUUGCGCCCCAGUGUGAGAAAUCAUUUGAGUGCUCAGUUGCACGACCACAUUUGCCAGUGUAUGCUACGGAGCCAGAUCUCGAACCAACGGCGGAUGAGGACCACUUAACACGUGAUGAUGACGAUAAUCGUGCUGUUGACGGUGAUGCUCUUCCCGGUGAGGUGGUGUUCAGGUACGCUGAUGACGCCGUGUACUUCGGCCCUCCAGGUUCUACGAGUCGUGUUGUCACUGUCUGUGAUUACGAGGACUUGGUCCAGACCAUUCGUAGGAAUAACCCACACAUGUACUCAGCGCACGCGACGCCGCCUGCCAGUAACUUCUCGCGUGAUGCUCGUGAUGCGCGUUGGGUUGGUGCUUCCCCUCCUGCCUAG